UUACUAUUGCUGCAGAGAACGAACACACAAAAGAAAAAUAGUAGUUUUCUAUACGAAUCGACGCCCAACCCAGCCCAAAAAAUAGCGAAAACUAAACAAAUAUAUCUGCCGAUUUCAAUUUAGAUCAGUUAAAACGCGUUAAAAAUAACUCGUACGGCAUGCAAACCAUCAAGUGCGUGGUAGUUGGUGAUGGAGCUGUGGGCAAGACCUGUCUGCUUAUAUCGUACACAACCAACAAAUUUCCAUCAGAGUAUGUGCCAACUGUAUUUGACAAUUAUGCGGUGACCGUUAUGAUCGGCGGUGAGCCGUAUACGCUGGGACUCUUCGAUACCGCCGGACAAGAGGAUUACGAUCGAUUGCGUCCACUGUCAUAUCCACAAACGGACGUCUUUCUUGUCUGCUUCUCGGUGGUCAGUCCCAGUUCCUUUGAGAAUGUCAAAGAGAAGUGGGUGCCCGAGAUAACGCACCAUUGCCAAAAGACGCCGUUCCUGCUGGUUGGCACACAAAUCGAUUUGCGCGACGAGACGAGCACGUUGGAGAAACUGGCGAAGAACAAGCAAAAGCCAAUCACAUCCGAGCAGGGCGAGAAGCUGGCCAAGGAACUGAAGGCAGUCAAAUAUGUUGAAUGCUCGGCCCUCACGCAGAAGGGACUGAAGAAUGUAUUCGAUGAGGCAAUUCUGGCCGCCUUAGAGCCGCCAGAGCCGACCAAGCGGAGGAAAUGCAGGUUCCUCUAAUUUCUUUUGUAUCCAUUCGUUGUUCGUGUGUAUUUUUUUUUUAAAUGGUUUUUUUUUUCGGUUGCUUCCCUUUUUUUCUCUGCUUCGCUCUCAAAGGAAUCAAAGAAAGCCCUCAUAUAUAGCUAUAUAUAU